AUGGCUGCGACUGCUGCAAGUGUCUCACAAACCAAGUUGAACGAGCUUUUGGAAGCAAUUCGCCAUGAAUUCGGACAAAUCUCGCAUGAAGCAAACACGUACCGUUUGCAAAACCAAAAGGACUAUGAUUUCAAGAUAAACCAGCAACUGGCCGAGAUGCAGCAGAUCAGAAACACGGUGUACGAACUUGAGCUGACGCAUCGGAAAAUGAAGGACGCUUACGAAGAGGAAAUCGGAAGAUUGAAGCUGGAGCUGGAUCAGAGAGACCGUCAGGUGGCUUCGCUCGCAGCUGCUGCCCAGCAACAACAGGUGCAACAGGCGCAGCCACAGGUGCAACAGGCCCAGCAAGCUCAGCAAGUUCAGCAGGCUCAACAGGUGCAGCAAGCUCAACAGGCCCAGCAGGCUCAACAGGUGCAACAACAACAACAGCGGCAGCUACAACAAGCACAACAAGCACAACAGGCACAGCAAGCACAGCAAGCGCAGCAAGCACAGCAAGCACAGCAAGCACAGCAGCAGCAACAGGCCCAACAGGCCCAGCAGCAGCAGCAGCAACAACAACAACAACAGCAGCAGCAAGCACAGCAACAACAGGCAGCAGUAGCUACUCCAGUACCUGCAUCGUCUAAACCCAUUCUAAACUCGCAGGCAUCACAAACUCCUUUGAUACCAGCCGCCACUCUGGCAUCUAACCCCACUGGAACUCCCAGGGCCACCAGACCGACUUUGGAAAGUUCCCAGUCUAUCUCCUCGAAUCAGGCUCCGCAGAUGAAAAAGCUUGCUUCUGCAGGUCAGGCACCUGUCAACCCAGUUGCCAACAGCGUGUCGGUACCAUCCAUCAAGUCUGCUCCUGGAACGCCAGCCACUCCUGCUCAAUCCAUUCCACAGAUGCAGGCCCCAGCUUUGGGCGUGGCGCCCCUCCAGCACCCCGCUGCUCCGGCCUCCAAUGUUGCGAGCUCCACUCAGAUCCAAAAUGCACCCCCAAUGGCGCCAGUUGCCAGUAAUCCCACCGCUGCUUCACUGUCGGAAACUAAGCCUCAAGAGUACUACCUGGUGCCCCCUCAUCAGCGUGGCUCUCAUGCUAAGCCAAUCCCACCUUUCCUGCUUGACUUGGACUCCCAGUUGGUUCCACAACAUUUGAAAAAGCAGACCAACGAUUACUACAUUUUGUACAAUCCUGCUUUACCCCGUGAGCUAGACGUCGACCUGCAUGUAUCUCUAGAUCACUCCUCUGUGGUUUGCUGCGUGAGAUUCAGCAAUAGCGGUGAAUUUUUGGCCACUGGCUGCAAUAAAACAACCCAGGUUUACAAGGUUUCGACUGGUGAGCUUGUGGCAAGGCUUUCAGAGGAUGCUGCGUCAAACUCUGUGGGAGCCAACGGCUCGUCAGAAAACUCGGACUCUAAUGUGGCCGUUUCCUCGGCUUCAUCAGAUCUCUACAUAAGAUCUGUGUGUUUCUCACCAGACGGCAAGUUUUUGGCUACAGGUGCAGAAGACAAGCUAAUUCGUAUUUGGGAUCUAACAACUAGAAGAAUUGUUAUGACUUUACAGGGACACGAACAAGAUAUUUAUUCUCUGGAUUAUUUCCCGUCCGGUGACAAACUUGUGUCAGGAUCUGGUGACAGGACGGUCAGAAUAUGGGAUUUGCGCUCCGGUCAGUGUUCUUUGACCCUUUCGAUUGAAGACGGUGUUACAACGGUGGCGGUAUCACCUGGCGACGGGAAAUUCAUAGCUGCAGGCUCUUUAGACAAAACUGUUCGUAUUUGGGACUCAGAAACAGGCUUCUUGGUUGAGAGACUAGACUCCGAGAAUGAGCUGGGAACAGGUCACAAAGAUUCUGUUUAUAGCGUCGUUUUCACUCGAAACGGCCAUGGCGUUGUCUCCGGAUCCCUAGACAGAUCGGUCAAGCUUUGGAAUUUGAGGAGUGCCAAUGGCAGUGCUAAUGAGACUAAAGCAAGUAAUGCAGCGAGCGAAGUGACGUAUACAGGCCACAAGGACUUUGUUUUGUCUGUGGCUACUACGGAAAAUGAUGAACUCAUACUCUCGGGAUCAAAGGAUCGCGGCGUUCUAUUCUGGGAUACGAUUUCCGGUAAUCCUUUGCUUAUGCUCCAGGGCCAUAGAAAUUCAGUAAUUUCCGUUGCAGUGGCUAACGAUCAUCCAUUGGGGCCAGAGUACGGCGUUUUUGCUACGGGUAGCGGUGAUUGUAAGGCAAGGAUUUGGAAGUACACCAAGAAAAGUUCGAGUUCAGAACCCAAAAUCAGAGAAGUCAAUGAAUAG